AUGCUAGCCACUGCAUGCUCGGCUGAUUCCUUAGAUGAAUCAUUUCGUAUGCCUGAAUCCACCGCCAUUGAGAACCUUGGUCGAUUUUGUCGUACCAUUGUCACCAUUUAUCAAGAACGCUACCUUCGGGUUCCUACAACAGAGGAUCUUGACAUGCUCCUACAAAGAGCCGAGCGACGAGGAUUUCCUGGAAUGAUCGGUUCGCUGGACUGCAUGCAUUGGCAGUGGAAGAACUGUCCAGUUGGGUGGCAGGGGAGCUUUAGCAGCAAAACAAGGAAACCAACUAUUGUUCUGGAAGCUGUGGCUGGUCCUGACACUUGGAUCUGGCAUGCUUUCUUCGGAAUCCUGGGGGCGCAGAAUGACCUCACUGUUCUCGGACGUUCCCCACUAUUUGAUGCUGUCACAGCAGGUCAGUCACCACAACUUAACUAUCAUGUUAACGGGACUCCUUAUGAGUUUGGCUACUACCUUGCUAAUGGUAUUUACCCUAAGUGGGCGACAUUAGUGCAAUCUAUCAGACAACCUGAGAAUGAACAGGAGGAGUAUUUCUCCACUAAACAGGAGGCAUAUCGCAAGGAUGUUGAAAGGGCAUUUGGAAUUCUACAAGCACGAUUUGCAAUAAUUAGGCAACCUGCAAGAGGUUUCGAAAUUUGGACAUUGAUGGGAACCCCCAAGAGGAAGAAGAAGCAGACCCCAGAGGCCCAAUUCCACUCUUCCCUCACUUUCUGCUCAAAGAACAAGGACUUGAGCACUGCGAUCUCGCUGUAUGAAUCCGCUGUUUCACGGAACACGCGGCUUAACCAGCACCAUUUCAACACCCUGUUGUACCUCUGUUCUAACUCGGUCACUGACCCAGCCCUGAAGCAAUCGGCUUUGGAAUAUGGCUUCCGGAUGUUUGAUCACAUGUCGUUGACUGAAGUCGUCCCCAAUGAGGCCACGAUAACGGCUGUUGCUCGGCUUGCUGCGGCGAAGGGCGAUGGAGAUUAUGCUUUUGAGCUGGUGAAGGGUAUGGAGAAGUAUAAUGUGUUGCCGAGGUUGCGCACUUGUGACCCGGCAUUGUUCUGCUUUUGUGAGAAGCUGGAGGCGGAUAAGGCGUAUGAGAUGGAGGAGCAUAUGAAUAAGGUAGGAGUGAGUGUAGAGGAGCCUGAGAUUUCAGCCCUAUUAAAGGUGAGUGCAGAGAUGGGAAGAGGAGAGAGGGUUUAUGAUUACUUGCACAAGUUAAGGAAUACUGUGAGGUGUGUUAGUGAAUCGACAGCCAAGAUCAUUGAGGAUUGGUAUCGUGAUGGAAGGGCUAGUGAAGUUGGUGAGGUGAGUUGGGACUCGGGUAGGGUCAAAGAGGUGGUUUUGAGGAAUGGAGGAGGGUGGCAUGGGCAGGGGUGGAUUGGGAAGGGGGAUUGGGAUGUUCAGAGAGCCAAUGUGGAUUCUGAAAGCAAGUGUUGCUCCUGUGGCGAGCAUUUGGUUUGUGUUGAUAUUGAUUGUGCAGAGACAGAUAGGUUUGCGCAGUCUGUUGCCGCUUUGGCAAUGGAAAGGGAGGUUAGGUUGAAUUUCAGUGAGUUUCAGGAUUGGCUGGACAAACAUGCUGAUUAUGAAGCUAUUGUGGAUGGAGCUAAUAUUGGGCUCUACCAGCAAAAUUUUGCAGACGGUGGAUUCAGUCUUCCUCAGCUUGAUGCUGUUGUGAAAGAGUUGUACAAUAGAAGUGGAGAGAAAUGGCCACUUGUUGUCUUGCAUAAUAGACGUUUCAAGUCACUAGUGGAAAACCCUUCCCACAGAAAAGUGGUUGAGGAAUGGAUGGAUAAAGGUAUUCUUUAUACCACACCAAGUGGCUCGAACGAUGACUGGUAUUGGCUUUAUGCUGCUGUGAAACUGAAAUGCUUGCUUGUGACAAAUGAUGAAAUGCGCGAUCAUAUAUUUGAGCUUCUUGGAAGCAGCUUCUUUCUUAAGUGGAAAGAGAGGCAUCAAGUACGAUACACUUUUAUUAAAGGCAAUCUGAAACUUCAGACGCCACCGCCAUAUUCUUCAGUGAUCCAGGAAUCAGAAAGCGGAUCGUGGCAUGUGCCUCUAGCAGAUGACAGCUGUGAGGAGCCAGCAAGAACCUGGCUCUGCAUUACCCGGCCAAGUGUAACUAAAGCUUCCAGUGGAGUUCUGAUAUCCCAAAGUGCGUUGCCAAACUCCUGCACAUCUCAGUUUGUUACCAGUCACAAUGAUAAAACCACAACUAAGACGGGUAAAAGAAAAGAGAGGUCCCCAUCUCCUUCCCACCUUAUGAUUUAAGUCUUCCGCCUGCUUAGUAUCGUGUUCUGGCAUGUUCAUUAUAAUUCUAUAUAGGGUCCAUAUCUCUUGGAGAUGAGUAAUGUGGUCAGGAGAAGCAGGGUGGCUUAUCUAAGAACAGCCCCUCAACUGUCUGCAACACACCCAUGUUUCCCUGUUAGUUUCUCUGAUGUUGUAACAUGCAAAUUUUGUGGAAUUAGCUCAUUCUUUAUAGUCAGCUUAACCAAAUAAAAAGAAGAAAAGAAAAUGAAGCUUAUGUCCUGAACUUUUUAGACACCAAGCUUUCUUUAACAUGUUGUGCUAGUUUGGGUGUCAAAUUACAAAUCCUAGUUUAUCAUGUAAGCAUGAUAGCAUUCCUUGCAUGCACGUUUGUUGCACAAAGAUGGAAGUAAUUUUACAAAGCUACUGCUAUUAGACUG